AUGUGUGAUGUUACUCAAGAGGCUGAAUUUACAGAUGAGCCAGUUGUGAAUCCUUUUAAGUACGAGGUUAAUAAGCCUAUGAAGCAAGUGGUUACUCCUACUAGUGGUUUGCUAAGUCUACUGGGACCUGGUUUUGGGUCUAAGAACACUGGGAAUGCUAGGUUUGGGCAUAAUCGUAGUAAUUUGAAUGUUGGAGUGAUGGGUAUGCAAGUUCGAGGCUCUAAUGUGCAAGAUGAUGUUCAAGGCUUGAUCUCUUUUAAUAUGGAGCUGAAUGAAGGUAAAUCUCGUUUGGUUAAGUCUGGUGUUUCCAAUGAGGAUGAGCAUGAUUCAGUUGGUGAGGUUGGUUUGGUUGGUAUGUUGACUGAUUUUGAUGCCUCUGAUGUUGAGGCUGGGCAGUUUAAUCCUUUCCUUAGUCAGUUGGAAACUGAUUUGACUACAGAGUAUAAUCUCAUUCUUGAUCAAGAAGAGAUGUUUUGGUUGCAAAAAUCUAGAAACACAUGA